AGAUGUUGAAAAUUUUAUCAAAAGUGUCAUUUCUCAAACCGCAUAUAGUAAUUGUGAUUGUGAUAAUAUUGUAUAGAUAAGUUUGAGGUUUUUUAUUUUUUCCGUUUCUACUUCUUCUUUCUUCGUUUAAAUUCCUUCUUUUUUUUUAAGAAUAUAAAAUAAGAGAGCAACGAACGAGAGCUAUAAUUUUGUCGACGGAAAUCAAACUUUCGUGUUAGGUGCAUAAAAUAUUAUCGUUUAUAAUACAGUAAAAAUUUAGUUCUUUCGAUGAUAUCAAACUUUUAUUAGCACAUAGGUUACGCACGAAUUGCAGAUGGCUGAAUUAUCGAGAGCGAAAGUGUGCGUGAUAGGAGCUGGCGCAGCCGGCCUUUGCGCAGCAAGACAUUUCGCUCCAAAUUCAAAUUUCGAAUUGAAAGUUUAUGAACAAACAAAUGAUAUCGGUGGCACGUGGAUUUACAAAGAAGCAACUGAAGUCGAUGAAAAUGGUUUGCCUGUUCAUUCGAGCAUGUAUCGGGAUCUAAGAACGAAUUUACCAGCGAAAAUUAUGAAUUUUCCCGAUUACCAGAGAUUGAACGCUGAAGAGCCCUGUUGCGUGACACAUCAAGAAGUUCGAACUUAUUUACAAAAUUACGCGAAACAUUUUGAUUUAUUAAAAUAUAUUCAAUUCGGUACAAGGGUCGAAUCUGUCCGAUUGAAAAAAUCAAUCCGAGACAAAGAAGAAUGGGUUGUUCGAAUAAAAAUGUUAAAAACGAAGCAACAGGAGGAAAUUAUUUUUAACGCUGUGAUUAUUUGCAAUGGACAUUAUUUCGAUCCUUAUAUUCCAAAGAUACCAGGAAUGGAAAAUUUUUCGGGUACCGUAAUACACAGUCAUUCAUACAGAAAACCAGAAGAUUUCUCCGGUAAGAGCGUUUUAAUUUUGGGCGCAGCGGCUUCCGGAAUCGAUAUUGCUCUUGAUUUGGUUAACCACGUAACUCGAAUAUAUUUGAGUCACAACAACGAAAGGUUAAAUAGCAAUCUGCCAUCGAACAUAAUCGAGGUGUUAGGCGUAGAAAGAAUAGAGAAAGAAAAAAUUUUUUUGAACGAUCAAAGCUUUGUCACAGCGGACGUAUUCAUGUUUUGCACGGGAUAUCGAUAUAGCUUUCCAUUUUUAGACGAAAGUUGCGAAAUACAGGUGGAUAAUAAUUUUAUAACUCCUUUAUAUAAACAUUUAAUUAACAUUAACCAUCCCACGAUGUGUAUCGUUGGCGUACCGACUGUUGUUGUUCCAUUUCCCAUGUUUCAUAUGCAGAUACAGUAUUUUCUUGCGCUAUUAGAGAAAAGAAUAAGUUUACCGACGAGGUUAAUUAUGUUGGAAGAUUCAAGAUUGAAGGCAUCGAAGAAAAGACACGCGCACAAAUUAAUGAACAAACAAUGGGAGUAUAACGAUUCGUUGGCUGAUGCUGGAUGUUUCGAUCGUUUACCAAAGUUUUACAAACUCGGUUACGAGGUGUGGUCAACUCAGAGGAAAAUGAAUCUUUCCAACUAUAAGAAAGCCAGAUUUGUUAUAUCUAGUGAUGAGAAAAGCGUUGAGUUAAUUAUACCGAAUAAAAGUGUAUGAGAAAUAUUGGACGAUACAUUUUAAUGUGAUUAAGUUUUUCACCAAUAUUAACUUCAACCAUUUCUUGUGUAAGAAAUAUUUAUUUCUGAUAAUUUCAAACUGCAAAACAGGAUUGAUUGAGAAUUAUUGAAUCGAUCUAAUUUUAUUUUUAAUCCAUCCUAGUAGAUCGAUCACAUUGGUGUAGACGCCAGGUGAGUCUGGUACGCCACAUUCGUAGCCCCACGAAGUUAUACCGAUUACAGUGAAAUUAUUAACCAGUGGACCACCGGAAUCGCCCUAUUAUAAAAUCAAUGAUACUUAGUCAGAAUGAAUUUUAAACAGUGAUUAGCAAUUUUAUAAUUAUUUUAAAAUAAAUUGUAAUUUACUUUA